GAGGGCCCCUUGCUUCGUAAAUUUUUCCCUGCGUGCUUUAAGUUACGCAGAAAGACUUAUUUAAUAUAUAAGUCACGCAAAUCACUUAAAAGGGAAGCAGCAGUCAACAGACGUAAUUGCGAAUGAAUUACUACGUAUUUUAGUGUUUUGGAAACAAGGAACAUUCACUCGAUUGUCCUGAGAGAACAACGUGGUGACAAUUGCUGGCCAAAAUACACAACAGUGGGUGCAGUGGUUUUUGUUUGAACAACGAAUUCUCAGAGUGAUAUUGGAGUAUUGAAGUUCCUUCUAUUGUUUUUUUUAUUGAUAGAAAGAUUUUUAUGGUUCGGGAGCUUUUGAAUAAAUUUUAUUGGAUUUAAUUGUGUUGAGAGAUCGACCAGGUUGGACAAGCACAUUAAAAUGGCAUACGAACAGGGCCAGAUUUUACUCAUCGAGCUGCCUGAGGUAGUUCUCAAGACUAUUUUAUCAAAUCUUUCAUACGACGAGAUGGCUCGCAAUCGGAUCGUUUGUAAACAUUUUGAUCGUACAUGCCAGCAACUGCUCAAUCGUGGAUUCAGUCUCAUGGAGAAGUAUCACGGACAAUGCCUGAGAACUGUGAAGAGUCAGCUGCCCAGGAGAGAGUCAGAGCGCAGGAAUCAUCCCCUGGCUAGACACUGUGAUGUCCUCACUGCCAUAGAAACACGCAUAUCGAUGCUGUCCAUGACUUUUAUGAAAUAUGUUAAUUUACAUCUGUGCUGUUUUAUCCCUGGAAAGGUCAUUGAUGAAAUUCUCCGAGUACUUCGAUUAAUAAAAGACACGAAAUAUCCACCACGAGCCCACGAGAUUCUCCAGGAACUCAGGGACAUCAGCAGCAUGGCAAUGGAGCACUUCGACGAAAAAAUCCUCCCUGCUCUGAAACAGAGUGUCUGCACGUCAAUGGUCAGUGGUGUAAGGUCUUAUGAACUGCCCAGGGGCAGUCUCAUGAUAUCUCAUCACAAUACGUCGCCCACAUCGAGCCUCUAUGGCCAUCACUCAGUGACCCGUGACAAUUGGGAUCGCACAAUUAAGAAGCUAUUCCUGAGGACAAGGAAAAACAAACAAUCGUGUUUAAGUGUUUUAGGUAGAAUAGGCAAAAUAAGACUGAGGAUGAAGAGGCAGGCCUGUCAGAUACGUUUGCAGAGUAAAAAAUUGCAAGAGCAGUCUAAAAAAAUUCACGACCAGGAGCAACAGAUAGCGGAAAUGAGGCGCCAUUUCGAGGAGUGGGAACAGACAAUUGGGGAUUUGACUGCUGAACUAAGUCGCUCCAGGGAGGAACCACUGAAGGGAGAGAGCAUUGAAGGCUGUAAACGCAAACGUAUUGAUAUGAUGAAACGUGGUGGUGAUAAUAAGGAUCUUGAGGCGAAGAAACGCAAACUCAUUGUCGAGCGUAAACCGUCGAUGGAUGCUCAAGAUGCCAAAUUCAAAGAAUAUAUUAAGUCACAACUUCUUGACAAGUAAAAAUCAUGGAGCCGAUGAUUUUUUUUGUUAUUAUUUAAUUGCAUCCUAUCUCGAUCAUAAUCAUCUAAUCGUGUAAAAAUAUACAUUAGGUUAAUGACAUUUAAAUAAAUCGUUGUAAAUUAAUAUGAUGUAUAUUGGAAAUUAAGUUCUUGGCGUCCGUAACAGUGGAACAGAUUUUUUAGUGCCGAGGAACGUAUUAUAAACGAAUAAAUAUUUGUAUCCUAA